GGCACCGGCCAGGGUGGUGGCGCCGCCCCGCACGGGGACGACGCUACAGAGAGUGUUGGUGACCUCGCCCGGGGUUGUGACGGCGACCCACCGGGAGGUGACGCCGCGAGGCAUGCUGAGUACGCCUGCCCGGCGGCGGGCAACGCGGCGCUGACGGGGGAGGACGUCACACUGGACGAUGCCGCCAGGCGGCGCCACAUGGACGCGGCGUUCGCGGCGGCGCGCGAGGCGCUCCGCCAUCAGGAGGUGCCCGUCGGCUGUGUGAUGGUGCGCGCCGGCCGCGUGCUGGCCACGGGCCGCAACACCGUCAACGCCACCAAGAACGCCACGCGCCACGCCGAACUCAACUGCGUGGAUGCCAUCUAUCGGCAGUGCGGAGCGGCUGGCGUGCCGGCAGCGGCCGUGUGGGGCGCCACGGACGUGUUCGUGACUGUGGAGCCGUGUGUGAUGUGCGCGGCGGCGCUGGUCCAGCUGGGCGUGCGCUCUGUGAGGUACGGCUGCGCCAACCAGCGGUUCGGCGGCUGCGGCUCCGUGCUGAGCGUGCCCGGCCGGCUGCUACCCACGGACGCCACGUUCGUCCAGGACGCCGAGCGAGUGGACGAGGCGAUCGCCCUGCUCAAGGAGUUCUACAAGGGCGACAACCCGAACGCGCCGCGUGCGGAGUGAGGGGUUCGGCGAGUGCAUUGACGCGUUUUGCCUGGGGCAGUGCACAUCGUGACUAAACUGGCACAUGUCGCUGCCAACCUAGCGUUCAUUUGAGUGGCCGGUUUGGUUCGCAUUCACGUUGGGGCAUGCGUAUUUUGGUCUCGGAGGGGGGGGGGAUGCUGGUUGUACAAGCAGCCCUCUUCGGAGGACUGAGCCACUGUCCGCCGCUGCAGUGUCGCCGGGUGACGGUCGUCGGCUCGGGCCGCUGCAGUGUCGCCGGGUGACGCUGUCGGCUCGGACCGCCGCAGUGUCGCCGGGUGACGGCCGUCGGCUCGGGCCGCUGCAGUGUCGCCGGGUGACGGUCGUCG